GUUAUAUUUCCUUUCUUUUUUUUUUUUUUCAUUAUUAUUUUUUCCUUUUUAUUUUUCCAUCUUUCCUUUCUUGCCUUUUAUGUUGGAAGAUGUAAGUCGCGUUUCCUCGAAGUUUCAAAAGCUUGGAUAUUUUCUUGUCGUUCUAAAGAAAAUAUUCGAAAGUUCGAUAAAAAUAAAUCGGGAAAAGAGGAAACUAGAAAGAAGAAUAUACAAUGGGUAGACGGUAAAAUUCGAUUUCAAAGUUCUUUCUAGUACUACUACUACUACUACUGUUACUACUACCACUAUUACUACUACGUAGUAUGUACUCGGCUUUCGUUAAAUUUCAUGCUCUCACGUUUCAGCCCCCGAACGAACGUGCCUAGUUCGAAGGGUCGAAUAUCUUUCGACGUCGUCGUCGUGAGAAAGCGAUAUCCGCCAACGCCUCUUUUUUCUUUCUUUUUUCUAUUUUUAUUUUCUUUUUUCUUAUUUCUCUUUUCCCUUUUUAUUUCUUCCCGAAUCUAGGGCGUUUCUCGAAAAGACGACGUUUUAUUUAUACGUGCUUACUUUAGUAUUGCAGCAGAUAUAUAUAUAUAUGUAUGUAUAUAUGUAUAUAUGUAUAUAUAUAUAUGUAUGUAUACAUAACAGGACGAAUACGAGACUUCCUCUGGUUCUAUUCGUAUCCUCUUUCCUUGAUGGAAAUACUACGUCGUUGUAUUUUUUCUCCUUUCCUCUCUUUGACUUUCUUUUUUGCAUCCAUUUUUUUGUUUCCUUUUGCAAGCAAAUUUUCACUCUUACGUACUUCACUUCUUUUCUUUCGGACAUUCCAUUUUUCUUCGGUCGCUAAUUGGAGAUAUCGUGUUAAUUAUCGUUUUCGAGGGUCCUUCCUUCCUUUUUUUCGUAAUUAUUCUCAAAGAAUCAAAUGGAGGAGUAAUUUUUUUCUUCCUUCCCUUUUAAAAAAGAAAAUGGUAAAAAUAAAAAAUAAAAAAAGACAAAAAGAAAUACGAGAUAUCAGGUCGUUCGUCUAGAAGAAUUUAUUGUUUACGUGAAUUCGAGGGGAAAGACGCGAAAGAGCGGAAAGAAGGGGAAGAUAAGACACCGAGAUUAAAGAGUGCGAGAGAGAGAGAGAGAGAGAGAGAGAGACGGAGAAAGAGAGACAGAAAGAGACAGAUAGAGCGAGGGAAAGCGCAUUCGCGACACUAAAACGUGAUAUUUAUCUCUCUUGCGAUUGAACGCACCCACGAACGCGGACGCAGACGCAAUCCAGGCGCACUUCUAGGGUGGACCUGGUUUAACGGUGAAUGUGGACCUAGUCGUCCGUUAGACUUUGCGCGUUCCUCCUCGUCAUAUCUUCCAAAGAACACACAUUAUUCCGUCAAUAUUCGUUAACGCUAUUUCAUAUAUAAUACAAAUACGCCGAUGGAAAAAUUUUUCUUCAAUAUAAAAAGUUAGAAAUUAGAAAUAAAAAAUUUCUUUUAAUAAACGUUUUCAUCGGAUACGGUAUUGCAUAUUAUAUCGAAUAAUUUGAUCAGUAUCGUAUAUGGGGACUAUUUAAAAAAAAAACGUGUAUUUGUGUAUUUAGUACACUUAUGUUACUCGAGUUUAUGUUAGAAGCGUGUCGGAUGUUUUCCCUACCUCUUUUGUUUUUUUUCUCUGGUUGAAAAAUAAAGGGUUACAUCUGUUUCUCCCUACGGUAGAAGAGAAAUAAUCUGGAAAGCGCGUGCCUGGGCGUGUGUUUAAUCGAUUUUAAUUUUCCCCGGGAAAAGUAGAGUAGGUAGGUAACGUUAGCGUCGAUUAAACAAAUUUUUUUUCCAUUUCGUUCGUAUAUUCAUGUUUUUCUUUGCGCGACCGAUCGAACGACCGUAUCGACGUAUCUAUACGAAAUAAAGAAAGUUAAGAAAUAUAAAAAAGAAAAAAGAAAAAUACGAGUCGCGAAGAUAAAAUAUCUCCGUUUUGUCCUUUUGAUCGGUGUAAGAAAUUAAUUGCUAUUUUUUGUUUAAUUCGUUUCUUUUCCUUUUUGUUCUAUUCUUUUUCAUUUCCAAGAGAGAAUUCAUCUCCGAGCGAGAAAAAUGAUAUUUGUUAUUUCUACAAGCGACGAAUUUUAUAGAUGUGUAUCUCGAGCAAGCAAAGAUUAUAUAGUUGGUCCGGACGAUAAAGUAUUUAUUUGUCGACGCGAAUUCACUGCCGUAAGCUCGACGUUUCACGCGAAGGUAGAAUAACGUUCACAAAAGAAGCGUUUUAGGAUAAACUUAAAAUAAAAAUAUCUUCUCGUUAGGGUAGAACUUUGACGGGGAUUUAAAGUUUAAAUUUCAUCAUGAAGAUCUAAAAUAGUCGAUGUCUUUCGUUAGAUAUUCGAUAGAUUAUAUACGUAUAUAUAUACAUAUAUAUAUACCUGCUUGAUUUCAGCAUGUCGGACGGCAUAAAAAGGAAAAUGUUUUGAUUAUUAAUCAACUGUAUUUAUUAAAACGUAUCAUCGAAGAAGAAGGAGAAAAAGAAGGAAAAGAAGAAAAAAAGAAGAAGAAGGAUAAACAUUUUGGAUGGGAUUAGGUCGAUGAUAAUCAGGGAGAUUCAAAUAUAGACGAGUACUUAGGUCGCUUUGCGCGUUGUGUAUCGAUAAUCGUUGAACAAAAGUUAAAUUUAGGUGAUCGGCCGUACACGCUUCGUCGAUCAUUUUUUUUUCUCCGCGCGAAUCGACCCUAGAAAAGUGACAGUGUUCGAAGAAAAGCAUCGAAGGAUAAUCGUGAUCAUCUAAGGACGAUCUAAUAGAAGAAUAUAAAAAGCUAUUUGCGUGUGAGGUCGUCGAUUAUUGUCCGGUGGAAAUCGGAAACGAUAAAAGCUCUUCCGUAUCUCUUAUUUCCAUACGUUUUGUGUGACCUCCACAAAUAUAUACACAAUUUUGCAGUAUAAACAAACCGGAUAAUAGAGCGAAAGAAGACAGGAAAACAACAGAGAGAGAGAGAGAGAGAGAGAGAGAGAGAGAGAGAGAGAGAGAGAGAGAGAGAGAGAGAGAGAGAGAGAGAGAGAGAGAGAGAAAGAGAAAGAGAUAGAAAAGGACAGCGAUAAUCGACGAUGUUCAAAUGCUGCGUUUGCAAUAAGAGUUCGAGGAAGGAAAAGCUUUUGGGCAACGAAAUGACCAGCAAUAAAUCGUCGGGAAAUAAAGUCGGAGAUUCAUCGAUGAAAAGCGAGGACGAAAUGCGAGAAGAGAUGAAGGAGAAGGCUAAUGGCGAGGUUCAGAGAUGCGAGAAGGGGUCUUCUUUAUUGGAAAAUCACGUAGUUAGCUCGGAAAAAUUAACUACGGGUAAUAAUGACGAGAAAGGAAAGGUUGAGAAAGCGGAGAAAAUCAAGAAAGACGAGGAAGGAAUGUUGGAACACGAGGGGGGAGAGGUAGAAGAGACGAAUAGGGAACGAGGCACUAAGGGAACGACUAAGGGGGGUGGAAACGAGGGGAAAGCUGAGGAGGGUGAUGGUGGUAUCGGUGGCGUUGAAACGACGAAACCUUCUUCCGUUACUAGCAUCAAAGUCGUAGUUAAAUCGAAUCUUUACAAUGCCUCGGCUUACAUAGAAAGAACGAUCGACGACGGUCCCGAGGAGGAAGGGGACGAUUCCGUUUUCGAAUCGUGUCCGAACGAGAACGAGAAUGAUAAUGAAAACGAAACCACUGGGAAAACUACGACAGUUUCUGCGAUUCCACGUUGGCUGUCCGAAGAGGAAGAAGCUGAUCCGGGAUCGGAGGGAUGCAGUGGUAUGCAAGAACCCCCUGCUACUCCUGUAGCUCGCGACGAGCUCGCUCUGAGGCGACACAGGUUCUUCUCCGAUUUGCUACAGGCUACGCAGAACUCCUCGGAGCACAGAGUGAGGUUCGACCCGCUAGGACCGAUGGUGCACGCCGGUUGCGAAGCGAACGACAGGGAGGAACAUCUGGAGGAUUUGGUGAAUCGACUUGAGAACGUAACUAAGCGAUUGGAGAGAGUACCGGCACAGUCUGCUGUAGCUCAAACUCAAGAAACCGCGGUGCAAACUAACACCCCGUCACCGAAGAAACCGCAACCGGUGUCGACGAGAAACGCAGCGGCGUCGCCUUUAUCGUCGCCCGAAAAAGCGUCGAUAGUUUGGUCGAUCAACGGCAACAACAACAGCAACAACAUGUCGAUAGCAGGAUACGAGGACCUUUUGGCAGGAUCGGUGAAGGAAUAUCUUCAGCUAAGUCAAAAGAUUGGCGGGGAUGUAGCUACUCACAGUCAAAUGGUUGAAAAAGCUUUCCAAAUCCAACUACGUUUCAUCCAACUGGCUGCAUCUCGCUCGGCGCCGAUGAAUCAAUCCGAACAAAUGUCUCUCCUUGCACCAACCUCGACGCAGAUUCAACAGAUACAAGAAUUCAGCGAGAAGAAUAGAAACUCCGCGUUCUUUAAUCAUCUCGCUGCUAUCAGCGGAAGUAUUCCAGCAUUGGGAUGGGUCGCGGUCUCUCCGACGCCAGCUCCUUACGUAAAGGAAAUGAACGAUGCUGGACAAUUUUAUACCAAUCGCGUUUUGAAGGAUUGGAAAGAGAAAGACAAAACGCACGUGGAUUGGUGUAAAGCGUGGGUACAAGCAUUGACCGAUCUUCAGCAAUACGUUCGACAACAUCAUACGACGGGAUUGGUAUGGGCCAAGUCUGGUUCUGCGCCAGUGGGGAUUCCACCACCACCACCGCCGUCGAUGCCUUUGCCCGACGUCUCUGCUUUGAACGUCAGUGACGAUAGAAGUGCUCUCUUCGCUGAAAUUAAUCAAGGGGAAGGUAUUACGAAGAACCUGAAGAAAGUCACGUCGGACAUGCAGACUCAUAAGAAUCCGUCUUUAAGAACCGGACCAGCUCCUUUCAAAGCUCCGGUUCUUGGCAACGCGGUAUCAGCGAAAUCAGUACCACCUGCUAAUGUACCGAUCGAUAAACCUCCGGUAUUUACUAAAGAUGGCAAAAAGUGGCUUGUGGAAUAUCACAAAGGUAACAAGGACUUGCUCGUCGACAACGUCGAGAUGAACAACGUUGUCUACAUGUUCCGUUGCCAGGACAGUACCAUGGUCGUCAAAGGAAAAGUAAAUUCCAUCGUGAUGGAUUCUUGCCGCAAAUCAUCGGUUGUAUUCGACUCGGUCGUAUCGAGUAUCGAGUUCGUCAACUGCCAAAGCGUACAGAUGCAGGUACUCGGAAAGGUGCCAACUAUUUCGAUCGACAAGACGGACGGCUGUCAAAUGUAUCUCAAUUCGGAAUCAUUGGACGUCGAGCUCAUAACAAGCAAAUCUAGCGAAAUGAAUGUCAUGGUACCGAAAGGGAAUGGAGAUUACACGGAGUAUCCUGUUCCGGAACAAUUUAAGACGACCAUCAGUCCGAAGGGCCUCAGCACAAUCGCCGUCGAUUCACUCGGCUAAGAUCCCUAAUAACUCUACUAAUCGUAGCCUAAAUAUCUUUCUAACAGUACGAUUCAUUAGAGGUAUCAUCGUUAAGGAAAUCAUCAAUUUAUUAUUAUUUAUUGUCUUCUCGAAUAAGGUAUCAUCGAGGUGAGAGUGUGUCGAGCUACGAUCGAGGGCUCGCAAAGGUGCGCCACGAAUUGAUUUAAGUCCUACGUAGGAUUGUUUCUUUCUUCCUUUCGAGACACGCGAGAGAGAGAUUAGGUCAUAAAUAGAUUCUCAUUUAAGAAGAAGAAAAAUAAAAAGAAGAGAAAAAAGGAGAAGAAAAAUGAAAGAAAAAGUAAUAAACGAUGAAACGAAAGGAACUGUGCAGACGCGUCCUUUGAAGAGAAAAAGAAAAAAAUGAAAAAGAAUGAAAGGAUAGAAAAGGAAGAAAAAAAAUUUCGUCCCGACGAAAGACUUGAAUUUUUAUCGGAAUUUCCAGGCUAUCGUCGAAAAUCAAAUUAUUAUUCGAAACUUGAUGGAAAUGUUGAGGAAUAAAAGAAAAGAGAGAAGAACGCAAGCAAUUAACAGAAUUGGAAUCGAGACGCGAAAACGUACAGACGACGACGAUGACGAAACGUGGUAGUAAUGCUCGGGAUGAAUUCAAGUACGGUGUGGACAAAAGUUGUAGCAAUAUUCGAUCCGCACUUUUAUACAUUUACACAAUUUUAUAUGAUGGUAAUCGAACUUUUGUCCAGACCGAACGUCCAAAGUUCGAAUAUUUAUUAGCCGUGGAAUUGUUACUAUCGAUCAUUAGGAGUGAGUUUUUCGCGCGCUAGAAAUAUUUGUCAGUAUUAAAAAUAACUAGAAUUGCGAAGCCCGUGCCUCGCUUUUCAUAACAGCGCCAUAUUGAAAUAGUUGAUACCAAGUUGGCAUAUUACACCUUUUACAUUUUUCCAAGGCCAUCGAAAGAGAGUUUUCGUUUAGCACCGGCUUGGCAUGUUCUUCCUUCGAGCGUAUAUUAUACUCUCCUUACGUUUUCUACAUAUUCGUUCGAAAAUCGGAACGAAAAAAAGAAAAAAAAAAAGAAGAGAAAUGAGAAGAAACGAAAAAAGGAAAAAAGAUAAUUAUUACGCGUCUGGAUAAACUAUUUUUCAAAUUUAAUUUAACGCUUCCUCGGAUAACUUUGUAAAUACGUUAUGACGUGUUGGUUGAAAAAAAUCUCGUUGUGGAUGUGGUUCGUUCGGUCCCGAAGAAGAAGAAGAAGAAGAAGAAGAAGAAGAAAAAGAAGAAGGAGAAGAAGAAUUGUCUUAAGCAGAGAGCAAAAGAAUAGUUAACUCGAAUUUUAAUUCCAAAAAUGUGCUGUUUAUCGUGACACAAAUUGCAUUGUGAUUUUUACCAAUCGGUAUAAUAUACUAAUCGUAAGUGUAAGUUAGUCAUUAGUUGUCUAAGCGUAAUAUAGUUUAGAUGACAACCAUCGGUUUCAAUGUUUAGAUUUGCGAAGAGAUAUUUCUGCCGACCAUCGGACAUGAGUACUUUUUUCAAAGUAUCUCGUUCCCUUGGAUACUUUUCAAAUUUUUCUCUUCACAUCUCGGUAUUCGUCGCCUAAGUCGCGUUGCGGUUGAUGUUUUAUUGAUUAUUAAAAAGAAUAAGAAUAAGAAGAAUAAUAAUAAUAUGAAGAAGAAACAAAAAAAAAAAGAAAACAAAAGAAAAGAAAAGAACGGAGCAUAUAACGCUAUUAAAAUUAUUUUUGCUUAAUGAAUCGUACGUUCAAAACGAUACUUUUUAAUAUGGCAAAUUUUAAUCAUUUUGUUUUUAACAGGAUGGACGGUUUUACUUUAAUGUCGUUUGUUAUUUACCUCGGCAUUUUAAUAAUAAUAAUAAAAAAAAAAGAAGAAGAAGAAGAAAAGAGAAUUAUAUCGGAUCGUCGUUGAAACGUCGUGACUUUACGUAUUUCUUCUACGUUAAUAAUUGUAAGAGUACGAAAGAAAUCAAAGAACACAUCCGCGCUAUCUCUUGUGAACUCUCUUAUAAUAUUUAAAAAUUUACAUAUGCAAAAACGCAGUGCAUUUCUGCUUUAAAUAUCUUAUCCAAGUCGAUCGGAUAUAUUAUCGCGAGUACCUUCGAUACUCUUUCUCGCAUAUUCUUUCAGGUAAAUGCUCGCAAAUUUUUCGCUGUUUUAUCGCAAUAAAAGUCUGAUCAAAAUAGGA